AUGGGGUUCGUCAGUGCUCUGGACGCGCCACGAUCGGCUAGGUUUGGUCAGGGUUCUGGUGGUAUUCUUUUCGUCAGCUGUUCGGGAACAGAAGACAGCCUGGACGACUGUUUCAGUGUGGUCGACUCUUUCUGUGGGCAUCACAGGGAUGCGGGCGCCGUGUGUUACAUAGGAAUCCAUCCAAGUCCAUUCCGUGUUCGUCUUAGCGGUGGGUCUAACGAAGCUGAAGGCAGAGUAGAGGUUUUGCAUGGUGGGUCCUUGGGAACUAUCUGUGAUGGUGACUGGGAUCUUAGAGACGCGAGGGUGGUUUGUAGAAUAUUGGGGUUUGAUGAAGCCUUGGACGCACCGAGAUCUGCUAGGUUUGGUCAGGGCUCUGGUCGUAUUCUGCUAGAGGAUGUCAACUGUGAAGGAACAGAAGACAACCUGGCACCAUUUCAAGUUCGUCUUGUCGGUGGAUCCAACGAUGCUGAAGGCAGAGUAGAACUUAUGCACGAUGGAUCCUGGGGAACUAUCUGUCCUUAUAACUGGGAUCUGAGAGACGCGAGGGUGGUUUGUAGAAUGCUGGGGUUUGAUGGAGCCUCGGACGCACCGGGAUUAGCACGGAUAGGUGAAGGUUCAGGGGAUGUUCUUCUAGAUGAUGUCGGGUGUGACGGAACAGAAGAUAACCUUGCAGACUGCGCCCAUUCAGGGAUUCAAGUUCAGGACUGCGGAUUUGGUGCAGGGCAAGAUGCAGGCACUAUUUGUUACUCAGAAAAGUUGUCAAAGUUGCAGGUUCCAAACAAUUCUGUGCUUAACGGUGGUGUGGUGGUCACAUCAGCGCCAAACACUGAUCCAGCCCACUGCUUGAAUUACUUUGUGGUGAACCUCAUGCUCAGGCUCUGUAGUUUGGAAUCAGUAUCCUAG